GCCUGUUGUGGUGCAGUGUGCAAAGCCUACUGGUUGGCGUGCCGAGGGAAACGCCUUCCGGACGGGGAACACAAAACGGGGGGCGCGCAGUCGGGCGUACCCAGCCGCCGCUUCCCGCUUCCCGGAGUGCUGUCUCCCGAGCGCCUACCAGCAGCUGCCAGAAUGCCAAACUGGGGAGGAGGCAAGAAAUGUGGGGUGUGCCAGAAGACGGUCUACUUUGCUGAGGAGGUCCAGUGUGAGGGCAACAGCUUCCAUAAAUCCUGCUUCCUAUGCAUGGUCUGCAAGAAGAAUCUGGACAGCACCACUGUGGCUGUGCAUGGAGAAGAGAUCUAUUGCAAGUCCUGUUACGGCAAGAAGUAUGGGCCAAAAGGCUAUGGCUACGGGCAGGGCGCAGGCACACUGAGCACGGACAAAGGGGAGUCUCUGGGCAUCAAGCAUGAGGAAGCGCCCGGACACAGGUCCACUACCAACCCCAAUGCAUCCAAGUUUGCCCAGAAGAUUGGCGGCUCCGAGCGCUGUCCCCGAUGUAGCCAGGCAGUCUAUGCUGCAGAGAAGGUGAUUGGUGCCGGGAAGUCCUGGCAUAAGUCCUGCUUCCGAUGUGCCAAAUGUGGCAAGGGCCUGGAGUCGACGACCCUGGCCGACAAGGAUGGUGAGAUCUAUUGCAAAGGAUGCUAUGCUAAAAACUUUGGUCCCAAAGGUUUUGGCUUUGGACAAGGAGCUGGUGCCUUGGUCCACUCAGAGUGAGGCUGCCGCUGCCUGCGCACCCUGCCUGCUCCUGUGCUCCUCCUCCUCAGUUCAUCCCCAGAAGCCUUGAACACCUCCAAGAUCCUCUCACUCAGCCCUGCUGCACAUCACUAAUGACUCGGACUUGGGUGUCUGGCUUCUUUUGGUUUAGGGAUCUGCCUGUGCUACCCGACAGAGGCCUGGCAUUUGAUAGCACCACCUUUAGGCAACAUCUGUCUAGUCGCCCCUUUCCAGAGACCAGGUCCCUCUCCCCACACUUCGCCCCACAGACCUCUGUUUCUAGGCCGACUGUACCCUCUACUGACCAGGACACUUGAGCCUGUGUCUUAGGAGCCCAGAGGAGCAAAGGAGCAGAUCUAAAGGAGGGAGGCAGGACCAGGAUUGGGCCAGGAGGCUGUGGUUUAUUGGAGAGAGUUUCCUCUGGGUGCCCUUCAGAAGCAUCUCAGUCUGGGGUUGGGGGGUUCCCCAUGGGAGGCAGAGAGGUACAGACAGGGUAGUGGGCCAUAGGAAGGAGCUCUUUCUCUGGCCUCUUGCCUUUGAGUGUGCAACUAGUAUCUUCCCACUUGGGAACAGAGAACAACCCUGGUUAGAGGACCCUAAAGUCUAGAGGUUGCCUGACCUCCUUAGGCAUCAAGUUCCCUGUUUGUUGGGCAAGAGGAGAUCCUAAUGGAACAAGCAUUUACAUUUAUCCGUGGUCCAGACCUUGGAGUGGUCAGUUCUGGUUCUGACCUUGGGUCUGGUGGCUGGGACGGACAGCUUCUCUCUGUCUCAGCACAGCCCAGGGUAGCACUGUGUUCUAGCCACCCCUGGUAGUUUCUCUAACAUGGAAGGAGGCAGAGGCAGCCAGUUUUCAUGCAAUACCCUUUCCUUUUGCUUCUAGUCCCCACUCCCCUCUACCCCAGACCCAGACCCUGCUGUUUCACCAUUCCCCACUUCUCUAGGGACUUUCAUUAGCUGCUUUGCCCAUCCUUUCCAGGCCCCAGUGUCACAGGAGCAGAGGGAGGAAGAGGAAGGGCUAGGCCCUGAUGCUCACAGGGACUGAGAGGACAAGGUGUCGACAGCUGUUCAAUGCAAAGGCUGUGGGCAUGGGCUGUUGAAGCUGAUUUCUCAUCUGGUCAAUAAAGCAGUUUAGAACUGAA